AACAUCCAGGGUUUCACUUGCGCGUUUUCUCUCGACCCACACUUUACCCAGUCGGAGAAGAAGAAGAAGAGAAAGCAAAAUGCCUGCCGGACACGGAUUAAGGGCGAGGACGAGAGAUCUCUUCUCUCGCGGGUUCAGGAAGCGCGGGACCAUUCCGCUAUCCACCUACUUGCGUAUCUUCCACAUCGGCGACUACGUUGACGUAAAGGUGAACGGUGCCAUCCACAAGGGCAUGCCUCACAAGUUCUAUCACGGUCGCACCGGCCGCGUCUGGAACGUCACUAAGCGCGCCAUUGGUGUCGAAGUCAACAAGCAGGUUGGCAACAGGAUCAUCAGGAAGAGAAUCCAUGUUCGUAUUGAGCAUGUUCAACUUUCAAGGUGCACUGAAGAGUUUAAGGAGAGGGUAAAGAAAAAUGAUCAGCUCAAGGCUGAAGCAAAAGCCAAAGGUGUGGUGAUUAGUACUAAGAGGCAGCCGAAAGGACCCAAACCUGGAUUUAUGGUGGAAGGUGCCACUCUAGAAACCGUAACACCCAUCCCAUAUGAUGUGGUCAAUGAUCUCAAGGGAGGAUACUAAAUUCCUUGUUUAUUCGAGAUGUCUUUAUCGUUUUAUGAACAGUUAAUCAGAGUUCUAAUUAAUGUUGUUUUCAUGUCCACACACUCGGUUUUGUUUGAAUUUUUUUGUGUUGGCCUUUUAUAUUUGUAGUUGAACAUGUUUGCUGAAUUUAUGUGCCUUUGUGUCAAAUUAUAGAUCAUUCUCGAUU